AUGUCCUCAAGCCAACAAUUUCAAAAAGAUAUAGAGGCAUCCAGCCAUCGACGGAUUCGACAGCGCCGGGACCGCGACUCAGACGAGCUUGAAGAGGCGACUGGGCAAACAACUUCACGAGCCUCUACCGACCAAGACUCCGGCUCUGACACCGAAACAGAGUCGCCUACAAAGAAAAGCAAGAAAUCCCGAGGCAGGGGCAAGGGCAAAGACAAGGGGAAAGGUGGAGAGGAGCAGCAACAGCAACCACACAACAACACGAUGUUGCCGAUACCAUCACGAUCCGGGCGAGCGUCCUCGAGUGUACGCCGGCAACCGUCCAAGGGCAAGACAAAGACGGACGACUGGAGUGAGGUGACAGACCCAGAGGAGCGAAGGCGUAUUCAGAAUCGCAUUGCCCAGCGGAAAUUUCGCGAGAAGGCACGCGAGCAAAAGGAGCGUACAGAGCGGGACCAGCGCAACCAGGAACAUGCCGCCAGCAGCUACCAAGUACCCGGGCCAUACGACUUGGCAGGCGACGGUGAGCUGUCGGGAUUACCUUGGGGCGGCCCGAGCUUGCGCUUUGUAGUGGCCAAGGGCCACGAGUCACUCAGCAAUCAGGGUAGCCGGAGGGCAUCUGAAUACCUGACCGACGAGAUGGCAAUGUAUGCCUCCGCCAGUCGUAGCCGCAGAGCGACAGAGGCGGCUGAAGGGGGUGCCGCAGAGGCAGACGCCGCUAGCUACAGAUAUAGCGACGACAGCCAGCUGUACUUUGCAAGCGGCGACGGCAGUCAAGCUGGCAGCAGUCGAAGCAGCAGCGAUUUCACAUACACCAACUUAGCCGAAGACCCGCAGUACUUUGACGAGUCUCCCUACUACUACGACUAG